AUGACCCGCAUCGGGACGGGCGGGGUGGAGGAGGGGACCCCGGAGGGGGGGGGGGGGGGCUGCUGCGGCGCCGUGCACUGUGGGGGCGCUCGGACCUGCCACAAGCCAUGGGUCAAGCCCCCUGUUCACCGACGGCGCACGUGCAACAGCGCCGAUAAUGUGUCCGUGGGCGCGGCGAGCACCAAGAGCGGUGUGUCCGUCGAUGCCGUGGCCGCGUCCAGCGGCGCGGUGACCACCACGGGCGAAGCGGCGGACGGCCUGCAUCCUGCGACGGAAGCGCCGGAGUCCGGCAACACCAUGACCGCGACGACGGUAGCGACGGCCAUCCGCACGAAUCAGGCGGAGAAAGAAGGAAACAAGGCCAGGCAUCUCACCGACAAGGAGUAUAUAUAUCUCCUGGAGAGACGCGAGAUCGGAGGGAGAUCCGUCGGUUCCAGGGAGUCGGGAGAGAGAGACGUCCGUGCGGGAGGAACCGCUCGAACGGUUGGGCAAGGGGAGAUUUUCCCCUAAUUUACAUAAUUAGUUUUAGAAAUUAUGCGCAUGAAUUGGGAUUUGUAGAAUAAUCUUCACAUCUUCAGGGAGAAAAGUUUGUCUUACUAUGUCUCCAUCCCAAUUUUUUGUGGCAUGAUCAAUCAAAUCUUUUACUUUAGAUA